AUGGAUACUUUCUUCCUGCACAGACUAUUGUCAGUGUGCAGCCGUAUACGGUGCACCGGGUACACGGGGAUGUGUUUCCUGAGCCGGAUCGGUUUUUGCCUGAUCGGUGGCUUGGGGAGGGGGCUGUGGAAAGGAAUAGGCAUUUCUUUGCAUUUGCUACUGGGGGGAGAGGAUGUAUUGGGAAGAAAGAUUGUUGCUAACGAUAGUAGUCUUGCACUGGUGGAAAUGAAGAUGUUGCUUCGGGAAGUUUAUUCUCGAUUUCGGACAACAGUUGCGUCGGAUAUGGAGGGGUCAAUGAAGUUGGAUGAUCAGAUUAUUGCGUCGAGACCUGAGAGUCAGACGUGUAAAUUGGUGUUUACUCCCGUUUAG